AUGGAAGAACUAGGAAUUGCCCCAUCUUCAGAAAACGUUGCUGCAGAAAAGCCAACAUCUAAGUCAUAUAGUACCCUUUUAUCUCAACUGAACAAAGACAGUGCCACUAGUGCAAGUAAUGGUAACGCAGAUGUAUACUUGAAAUUAAAGAAAUUGGAAAGGGAAUACGAACUAUUAACUUUACAAGAAGACUAUAUUAAAGAUGAACAACGUCAUUUGAAACGUGAACUAUUGCGAGCUCAAGAAGAAGUGAAAAGAAUCCAAUCUGUUCCCCUUGUUAUAGGCCAAUUUUUGGAACCAAUCGAUCAAAAUACAGGGAUUGUAUCAAGUACUACAGGGAUGAGUUAUGUCGUUAGAAUACUAUCAACCUUAGAUCGUGAAUUGUUAAAGCCUUCCAUGUCCGUCGCAUUACAUCGUCAUUCAAACGCUUUAGUUGAUAUCUUGCCUCCAGAUUCUGAUUCUAGUAUAUCUGUCAUGGGUUCCAAUGAAAAACCAGAUGUUACAUAUGCUGAUGUUGGUGGGCUAGAUAUGCAAAAGCAAGAAAUAAGAGAAGCGGUUGAAUUACCAUUGGUCCAAGGUGAUCUAUACGAACAAAUCGGUAUUGAUCCACCAAGAGGUGUUUUACUAUAUGGUCCACCUGGAACCGGUAAGACUAUGUUAGUUAAAGCAGUGGCCAAUAGUACCAAUGCUGCAUUUAUCAGAGUGAAUGGUUCUGAAUUUGUUCAUAAAUAUUUAGGUGAAGGUCCAAGAAUGGUUCGUGAUGUUUUCAGAUUGGCCAGAGAAAAUGCACCAUCUAUUAUAUUUAUCGAUGAAGUUGAUUCCAUUGCAACAAAACGUUUCGAUGCCCAAACCGGUUCUGAUCGUGAAGUGCAGCGUAUUUUAAUUGAACUAUUGACACAAAUGGACGGGUUUGACCAAUCGACUAAUGUGAAGGUUAUUAUGGCAACUAAUAGAGCCGACACUUUAGAUCCUGCGCUUUUGAGACCAGGUAGAUUAGAUAGAAAAAUUGAAUUCCCAUCUUUGCGUGACAGACGUGAACGUCGUUUAAUUUUUGGUACAGUUGCUAGUAAGAUGUCGCUGGCGCCAGAAGCUGACUUAGAUUCAUUAAUUAUUCGUAACGACUCUCUAUCUGGUGCUGUUAUUGCGGCCAUUAUGCAGGAAGCAGGCCUGCGUGCUGUGAGGAAGAAUAGAUAUGUUAUUCUUCAAAGCGAUCUUGAAGAAGCAUAUACUGCCCAAGUGAAGACAGACAACGAUGUUGACAAGUUUGAUUUCUAUAAAUAA